AUGAAAUUGAAUUUGGGUCUGUACGAAGCAAUGCUGUGCAGAAACACAAGGCUAUGCAGCCCACCCAGCUCUCAAGUUUCAGAAGUGGAGAUUCCCAGUGUGGGUAAGAUCCUAGUUAGGUUGGAUGCAGACGGCUAUAACGAGGAGGUGAUGCUAAGCCCCGCCAUGCAAGGGGUGAUCCUGGCCAUUGCUAAAGCUCACCAGACCUUUGAUCGCGAUGGGUCUGAAGCAGGUCUAGUCAAGGCAUUCCGUGAAGAAUAUUCCAGGCUGUACUCCUUGUCCAGAGAGACCCCAACACCCCAGAAUGACCCCCGCCGUCAACACGUCUUGGUUUACUUGCUGCAGAACGACGCCCCCAAGCAGGUGGUGGAGAGGACCCUCCUGGAGCAGUUUGCAGACAGGAACCUCAGCUAUGACGAGAGGUCAAUUAGCAUUAUGAAGGUGGCCCGAGAAAAGCUGAAAGGAAUUGGCCCAGACGAGGUAGACAUGGAAGAGUACAAGAAAUGGCACGAAGACUACAGCUUGUUCCGCAAGGUGUCCAUCUACCUCUUGACGGGGUUGGAGCUCUAUCAGAAGAACCAAUACUGCGAGGCUCUGACCUAUCUGGUGUACGCCUACGAGACCAACACCGUCCUGCAGGCCAAAGGAGCCAGCCGGGGCGCGGACUCCUCUCUGAUUGCUCUUUACAGAAGGAAAUGCCUCCUGAGGCUGAACGACGCUGCGGCCGCCCUCUUCGAAAGCCACGACGGGAAGGAAGUGGACGAAGGGGUCGGGGUCUUGAAUGAGCUGGUCAUCCCCUGCAUGCACCUGAUGAUGAACAACCACGUCUCCAGGGACGACCUGGACGCCAUUGAAGUCAUGAGGAACCGCUGGUGCGCCUACCUGGGAAAGGACGUGGGUGAGAAUCUGCAGCUGAAGUUGGGCGAGUUCCUGCCCCGCCUGCUGGAUUGUUCCCCGGAAGGAGUGGUCCUCAAGGAGCCCCCCAGGAUCCGCCCCAACUCGCCCUACGACCUCUGCAGCCGGUUCGCAGCCGUGAUGGAGUCCAUUCACAGGGCCUCGGCGGUGGCCGUGAAAUAAAGCGCGGCUCAAGCCCCGCAGGCCUCCUGAGCCCUCCCCCCCAUCCCCAGGAGUGGGACCCGCUUGCCAGAGGACUCUGUGCACCCAGGAUCCUGGAGGGGAGAGGGGACUGCGCUGG